AGAGGGACCAGAAGUGCUAUGUGCCCUGUCAGGCAGCUUUCCCCAGGAAGGGUUCACAAGCAGUAGGAACCUCACAUUUUCGGCAGGACAAGGGGCCGUGCAUCACCCGAGGCAGCUAGGAUCGAUUAAGCAACCGUAAUUAGCUCUAACGAACCGGGGAGACAAAAAUGAGGGGCUCGUGAGCGCCCGUGCCUCGUGUUUUUCCACAGCCACCACGGAGCGAGCCGGGCGCUGGGCAGGACCCGGCCGCCCCGUGAGGAGACGAGGAGCACCCGGAGGCUGCGGGGUGCCCCCGGGGCCGCUCCUUCCUCCUCCUCCUCCUCCUCCUCCCGCCGCAGCGGGGCCGAUUGGCGGAGCCCGGCCCCGGUCCCACCCGCCAGAGGCGUGCCCAGGGCACCUGCCCCGCCGGGAGCCCCUGCCCGCCGUCCGGGGCGCCGGGGCAGUGCAUGGGGCGGCAGGGCGCCCGGGGACCCGGACAGCGGCUCGCCGGUGCCGGCCAGGGGGGAGCCUCCGCUCGUCUGGCCCAGGGGCCGCCGCUGGCUCCGGGAGGGUCGAGGGCAGAGCCGGGGCGGCGAGGCGGAGGGGAGGGAUGAGAAGUUGAGGGAGGACGGAGCGGGGGUGCCCUCUCCUCCUCCCGGCCCCGCCGCAGGUGCAGCGGAGCCGCAGCGCCGCAGGGAGCAGGGCCUGGGCUGAAGGGCGGCCAGCGGAGCCCCGAGCGGGGGGCGGCGGCGGCGGCGUUAACGGAGGCAGCGACGAGGAGAAGCGGCCCCGAGGAGAGAGCGCUAUGAAGCCGUACACUCCAGCUUUCAUCCUCCUGUGGAGCGCUGUUGGGAUAGCAAGGGCUGCCAAAAUCGUUGUCGUGCCGCCAAUUAUGUUUGAAAGCCAUCUUUAUAUUUUUAAGACUCUGGCCUCAGCCUUGCAUGACCAAGGUCACCAGACAGUGUUUCUCCUCUCUGAGGGCAGAGAGAUUCCUCCAUCUAAUCACUAUAGACUUCAGCGCUACCCAGGGAUCUUUAACAGCAGCACCUCGGAUGACUUUCUCCAGUCCAAGAUGAGGAGUAUCUUCUCUGGGAGACUGACGGCCCUGGAACUGUUUGAUAUCCUGGACCACUAUUCCAAGAACUGUGACAUGAUUGUUGGCAACCAAAACCUCAUGCGUACCCUGAAACAGGAAAAAUUUGACCUGCUCCUGGUAGAUCCCAAUGAGAUGUGUGGAUUUGUUAUAGCUCACCUUUUAGGGGUUAAGUACGCCGUCUUUUCCACUGGCCUUUGGUAUCCAGCAGAAGUGGGUGCUCCAGCUCCCCUCUCUUACGUUCCAGAGUUUAACUCGCUGCUCACAGAUCACAUGAACCUAUUUGAGAGGAUUAAAAAUACUGUUGUGUAUCUUAUUUCAAGAUUUGGAGUCAGCUUUUUGGUUCUGCCAAAAUACGAAAGGAUAAUGCAGAAAUACAAGGUUACGCCAGAACGGUCCAUGUAUGACUUGGUUCAUGGAUCCAGCCUGUGGAUGCUUUGUACUGAUGUAGCACUGGAGUUUCCAAGACCCACGCUACCAAAUGUUGUUUAUGUGGGAGGAAUCCUAACCAAACCGGCCAGCCCGCUGCCAGAAGAUCUCCAGGCAUGGGUGAAUGGUGCUAAUGAAAAUGGCUUUGUCCUCGUUUCAUUCGGAGCUGGAGUGAAAUAUCUGUCAGAAGACAUAGCAAAUAAGUUAGCACUUGCACUGGGAAGACUGCCUCAGAGAGUUAUUUGGAGGUUUUCAGGAAACAAACCAAGGAAUCUAGGCAACAAUACAAAGCUUAUAGAAUGGUUACCACAAAACGACCUUCUCGGUCACCCUAACAUUAAAGCUUUUCUUAGUCAUGGCGGUUUGAACAGCAUUUUUGAAACCAUGUACCAUGGGGUCCCGGUGGUGGGAAUUCCCCUUUUUGGAGACCAUUACGAUACUAUGACCCGAGUACAGGCCAAAGGCAUGGGAAUAUUGUUGAACUGGAAGACUGUCACUGAGAGUGAAUUGUAUGAAGCACUAGUAAAAGUUAUUAAUGAUCCCAGCUACAGGCAACGGGCCCAGAGGCUGUCUGAAAUUCACAAAGACCAACCGGGUCAUCCCGUUAACCGGACUGUGUACUGGAUUAACUAUAUCCUCCGUCACAACGGAGCGCAACAUCUACGUGCCGCUGUUUACAGCAUCUCUUUCUAUCAGUAUUUCUUACUGGAUAUUGCCUUUGUUGUUCUAGUGGGUGCUGCCUUAUUUUAUUAUGUUCUGGCCAGGCUAACAAAAUUUAUCCGCAAAAAAAGCAAACAUCUUUGGUCAAAUGAUGAACAUAGCACUGUUAAUGGACAUUACCAGAACGGGAUACCCAAUGGCAAGUAUAGAAGAAACGGCCACAUGAAACACGAAAAAAAGGUGAAAUGAGCCAACCACCCCAUGUAAAAUAGUAAUGAAUCAGAUCAGUAAUCAAAUUUUAUCGCUGUAACUUAGUCUAACAACUACUUAAAAUGUCAAUAAGCAGUUCUAACACUCCCCUACAGUAUGUAAUAUUACGUGACAAAAUUCUAUGGAACUAAGGAAAGUCUUUUUUUAAAAAUGAAAGAAAAGCAAGCACAACCGAAAAUAGAAGAUACUUUAUUCUUAAUACUGAUGCAGAGAGGUUAUUUUGGCACUGAAGUUUUUAGAAGCCUUAAUUCUCUAAAGUUAUAUGAUGAUCGUAUUUAUGAAUUUUCAGUUUUUAAGAGCUAUAUGUGUCCCAAAUGAGGAAAGGUUUCUUUUUAUUUGCAGAGUUUUAUCCUUUUAUUUUUUUAUUUUAAUAUAUCCAUCUUUUAGCUGAGAGAACUUAGUGCUAGCUGUGUUUCAUUUGUUGAAGGCUCAGUGUGUAUAGGAAAGCUGUUUAAAAAAAAUCCCAAUGCUUUUGCAAGAAAUAGUAAGUUGCAGAAUGAGAACCCAGAUAUAAAAAAAAAAUCUUAAAAUGAGCACUGAAGAAAAAUGGUAAAGAUGUGUACUAUCUUUUCUGAUAAGCUGCAUGACUCUCCUGCUCACUACCAGUACUUCAGAGAACAGGGUACUGAGCAAGCCUACAAUAAGUCUUAAUUCUUAAUUUAUACAAAAUUGUAUUUGUUGCCUUUCUCUGCAUAUGUAAUUUAUGCCAUGAAAAUAUUAGGGAGUUUUAUUUCAGUUUAAAAUAUGGCUGUGUGGGAAGUAGAUAUGCAUAAUUAAGAAAACUGAAACCAAAAAAAAAUCUACCCUGUGCUUAACGCAGAAUGUUUCGUAAUGGCCCAGAGCAGUGCAGAAUCAAACCACCGUGUGAGGUUUAGGAAACAAACAAGCAAACAGGAAAACACUACAAGUUUGAAUGUCUUUCCUAUUAAUUCUCAUUACUAUUACGUUUUUUUUUCCUAAAUCACAAUGUUGUAGAUGUUCUCUUCGAACGGUUGUAUCUGGAAAACUAUUACCUUCUCUUGGUCUGGGCCGCGCAAUCCAUGUUUCCCAUAGUUGCCAAUGUCACUUCUGCGACCGCGGGGCGCGAGGCCGGGCAGGAGGCACGAGGCCAAGCCCAGCCCGGUGAGCGCGGGGGCUGCGGUGGCCGUCUCUGCCACCCCCUGCUCCGGCUGGCCCCUCUCUGCAACAAUCUCUUUCAAUCAUUCUAGCUGACACGGGACUCCUGCGGCGGUGCGGUGCGAACCGAGGGCGGGGAGGCUGGGCGUUAAAAAAAAAAAAAAAAAAAAAAAGAUAAAAAAAAAAUAAUAAAUGAUCGCGGCCCUGCCGAACCAGAGCUGGCAACUAUGCGUUUAUUUCCAUGUCAUUCUGUUUACUUGGAAUUUGCACUACACACGUUGUGAGUGUAUGCUUUAUUUAUUUGUAGUUUGAAAUCCCAUGCCUGGAAGAGGAAGGAAGGAAACCCAUUUUACUUAGUGUUGUUCACUAACAUGGGAAAAGUUGUGAUGCUAACAGAGCGCUGAGAUCAUCUUCAUACACGGUGAUGCAAUAUUUCACUACCAUUCCAUCAGGAGCCUCUGUCCUAUAGCAAUAAAUAACCGUACGGAUAUGUUUCUAAUAUGCAGUACGGCUACGUGUACUGCUUUCUGAAUACUUGAAGAAAAUGGUGUUACAAAUAGGUCUAUUAGCUAUACCUUUUUACAAUCUUACAGUUUGUGGCAACUAAAGGAGCACACAGAGGCGAUGAACGGUGGGAUGGUAAUAAGACUUCGAGUGUAUGAAUGACUUGGUUUAAAUGUUUUUUUGGUAUUGAAGAAGGUACAAAAGCACUGACCGGAUGAUUAAGCGUAAUUUAAUCUCCACUGUGAUAAAACUUAAGCAAUAAACAUGGAUUUAAUAGAGAAAA